CCGCCCACAGCGAAAGUGAUGUUCGUGCGUGAAAUGCGGCGUCGUUGGGAACGUCCUUCUGCAGCAGCAGUGCGAGGGGGAGCAACCGUGAUGAUCAGCCAUGGAACAGUGAGAAGCCAAAGGCCUGGAUCCGUUUUAACCCCGAGUUCAUAGGACAAGGCCAGUGACCGCCACCCUGUUCGGACUGAUCUGUGGUCAGCGUGAAGGCCGGAGGGCAGGACUGUGGAUGUGAAGGCCGCGCGUGGAGUGGUGGGAGGGGUGGAGCAGUGUGGCGAUGUCUAUCAGAAGGGCAGAGGGCAUGUCCAUCAUGCAGGCCUUAGCCAUGACCGUGGCUGAGAUACCUGUGUUUCUCUACUCCACCUUCGGCCAGUCUAUUUUCUCUCAGCUGCGGUUGACUCCCAGCCUGAAGAAGGUAUUGUUUGCGACGGCUCUGGGCAGCGUCGCCCUGGCGCUGACUGCGCAUCACCUGAAGCGGCGGGGCAGAAAGAGGAAGCAGGCAGCGGAGAAAUCGGCAGUGAAGCCAGUGGGCAUUCCUGAACAGCUGCUCCGCUCCGGCAGACCUGCUUCACUAAAGAGGGGUCCAUUUCCAGGACGGCAGAUGAUGAGCCCUAGCACUCGCAGCAAUGACACAAUGAGUGGAAUCUCGUCGCUCGCUGCCAGCAAACACUCCAGUUCAUCACACAGCAUCGCUUCGGCACGACUCCCUUCUUCUCCAAACCAGCCAGCUGCUGCAGCCACACCAUGGGAGGCGGAGCCAGUGGCAGAGGAGCCUGGAGCGAUAGAAGAUGCGAACGCAGAAAACCUGUACAUCAUGGGUAUGGAGCUGUUUGAAGAGGCGCUUCAAAAAUGGGAGCAGGCUCUUAACGUCAGGCACAGAACCCAGUCUGAAGCCUCUGCCAGUAACAGCCUUGCCCUGCAGGGGGCAGUGCUCACGCCGGAAUCACAUCAUCGGAAGUUUGCAGAAAAACUGGAGUCCCUCCUGCACCGUGCUUAUCAUCUGCAGGAAGACUUCGGCAGCACUAUACCUCCUGACAGCCUGCUGGCUGACCUGGAAAGUGAAGGCACAUUGAUUCUGCCCACAGUGGAGAGCUCCCAUCGGGUGCAGGACGACGACACCACAACCAUCACGUCCGACGAUUCUUUCUUCUCUGCAGCCGAGCUGUUUGAUGCAUUCUCCCUAGAUGAGGUGUAUCAGCCAUUGAGGCCUGCGGCUCUGUAUGAAGAGGCUCUGAGUUUGGUGACGGAAGGAACAGUAUCCUGCAGAUCAUUCAGGACGGAGAUGCUGGAGUGUUACAGUGAUCAGGACUUCCUGGCCAAGCUACACUGCGUUCGACAGGCUUUCCACGUGCUGCUGUUGGAUGAAACUCACAGGACCUUCUUCAUGGAGACGGGCAAACAGAUGAUCACUGGACUCAUGAUCAAAGCCAACAAGAGUCCAAAGGCAUUUUUGGAGAGUUAUCAGGACAUGCUGCUCUACACUCAGCGAGAGGAGACCUGGCCCACCACCAAAAUGGAGCUGGAGGGACGAGGGGUGGUGUGUAUGAACUUCUUUGACAUUGUUCUGGACUUCAUUCUCAUGGAUGCGUUUGAGGACCUGGAGAACCCGCCCACCUCUGUGGUUGCUGUUUUACGGAACCGAUGGCUCUCUGAUAGUUUUAAAGAGACGGCUUUAGCCACGGCAUGUUGGUCGGUGCUGAAAGCUAAGAGAAGAUUACUGUUGGUUCCGGAUGGCUUUAUUUCUCAUUUCUAUGCCAUUUCGGAACACGUGAGCCCAGUUCUGGCGUUUGGUUUUCUGGGUCCCAGGCAGUACUUGAGCGAGGUGUGCACCAUUUUCAAGCAACAGAUAGUGCAGUACCUGAAGGACAUGUUUGACCACGAUAAGGUGCGCUACACCUCCAUGCAGUCAUUGGCUGAGGACAUCCUGAGUCUGUCCCACAGGCGAACAGACAUCCUGCUGGGCUAUCUGGGCAUCGGCAGUCUCCCCGAGGCCAACGGAGCGCUGCCCGUUAGUCCGUCCCAUGCAGACGACGACCAUCCGCUUCUGGGUGACCAGAAGGACUAACGCACAGCUGGAGUUAAGCUGGAGUUUGGAGGUCUGCUUGAAAGAAGAAGUCGGAAUUGUACGCUUGGAAUUCUCCAAAUCUAGAACCCAUUCUUUAGCAGCUUUCAGGGUGUUUGCCACUGAAGCUAAGACACAUGAACAGCCAAAUAUCGCCAGCACCAAUAAAUCCAUCAGUUAUUAUUAGAGGAUGGAAAUGUAGACCAUCUGAGAGAAAACCUUUCAGUCUGAAAUGGCGAGAUCACCGGAACACACGACUGAUUGAUCACUUGGGCCUGCAGAUUCUGCUGAUUGAGAUUCCACUGAGAUUAUUACAGUAUCCAGCCUGGCUCGUGCGAAAGGCUGGAGAACAUUGCUGCUUUCGGAAUUUAUCCUCAAAUCACAGUAGAAGCUGUCUGGACAGGUUCAGAAGCUAAAGGGAAUAACAAGGAUUUAUGUAGAUCCCAAAAUAACGCUCGCUAGCCCAGUUUUGCAUCCGCUGCUCAGCCCUAUUUCUGUCGCUUUGUCUUCUUUCUCUCGUUCUCACAACCAAGCACACAAAGAUUUGACAUAAUCAUGUCUCUCGUUUAGGGACCGCCACACUUCUGCAGCCAUAAGCUGUUUGCAUAUCAGUUGUGCGUAUCGGCGAGAAGUGAAAGUCUCAGUAUGUGUAAGAGCCAGUAAGUUGUGUUAUGUUAUGUUACUCCAGAAAGGCAAGAUUAGACUGCUGUGUUGGCCAAAUGAAGAAGUAGGUAAUGUCAUUUGAAUAUCUGCAGCAGGUCAGGGCACAUGAGGUAGGGUUUUUGCAUAGUUCUUCUGAGUAACACUAGGCUGGAAGGGCAAACUGCUCUUUUGGGGCAGCAGUUCUCAAACUGGGGGCCUGCAGGUGGUCGCUAAGGGGGCUGCAGAAAAAUCUAAGGAGCUUAAUAACUUUUCAUUUUGUCAAAGUGUUAAAUUUGCUUUGGCUACAUAUAAAAGUGCUAGUUGUGGAAAUAUAGAUGAAGUUAAAUACAUGCCAACCAGUCACGACUAAGUGUCACAGAACAGUGGCAUGUCUCUUUUAUGUGCAGGUCAGUGAUGGUUGUGGAGAAAGCUAGCAAAAUGGACAAGGUUCUGGUAAGACAAGGUCCUUGUUCGUUAAAAAAAAUGCUUAAAUAAGGUAUCACGUCCUCUCAAUCCUUAAAUGAUGUAAAGGUCAGAGACUUUGGGUUGGAACCACGUCAUGCAUCUUUAUAUGUUCAUGUCAGGCUCAAAAAGAAGGUCAGUCUCCAUGUUUAGGAGCCGAUAUAAGUUUUCUUUUAAUUCUCUUUCAAUGCGCUCGCAAUUGUCAGAUCCAUCCGCUCGGGGAAGGGCUUCAAAGCACAGCCGACGUUACUCACAUCCUGUGCAGUUGCUCAUUUUCACCAGAGAGGUCGCCAAAUUCCCACACUUACAUAGUGUAGAUUAACACUAAGUGGAAGUAAUCACUGGGGGCACAAAGGGGGAUUAAAAACCUUUGGGAACUGCUGCUUUAGGGCAUCAUUUGCACACAGAGAAUCUGAAAAUUGUUCAUAAAAGGCUGUUUCACAAGUUAGCUAGUGUUAAAGUAGCGCUGAGUUGAGUUGCAAGUUGGCUGAACCAGUUAGAUUCCAACCCUGAGUCCAGUUUUUUCGACCACCCUUUUUGUCAUGUUAUGCUAAGACCUGAUCCUGAAGUCCCCCUGAAAAGAUUUUCGACACAGUUAAU